AUGCCACGCAUACCAACGUCGCUCAUUCGCAAGGCGCGCGCAAUAGAUGCUUUCCUCCCCGCUCUUCUCGCACCUUGCCGCGAUCUGCAGGCUGCACAGAAUGAAUUGCGGUGGCUGCGCGAACAUGUCGACAAAGUCGCCAAACGAGACAGGCUGGCCAAGGGCGCUUUGCUGCGCCAAUUGGUCCGUGAAAGAGCAUCAGGGAAGCCCCUCCAAUAUAUCCUGGGCACAGAAUACUUUGGCGAUUUGGAGAUACAGUGCAAGCCGGGUGUGCUAAUCCCAAGACCGGACACGGCAGCUUCAGUCACGCAUCUAGUCAAUCUUCUGCGUCGCUCGCAGAAUCUCCCUUCUGAAUUACACCUCCUUGACCUCUGCACUGGCACCGGUUGCAUUCCUCUCCUCUUCCAACACGAGCUUUUAUCUGCGCGCAAGGAUAUCGACCUGCGCCUUCUCGGUGUUGACAUAUCAAAAAAAGCCUUAGAUCUGGCUCAAAGCAACCUGCAAAGGCUGGUAAAGAGCCAGCCGUUCGGAAAGAGAGCCCAGACGUCUUUUGUCCAAGCUGAUGUACUGAUCGAUCCAUCCGCUGAUCAGUCUGGGAAAAUCCUGCCGUUGAGGGCAGCCCUCAACUACGCCCUGCAGCCGGCUCAAUGGGACAUUCUCAUAUCGAACCCUCCUUAUGUCUCGCCAUCUGCGUUUUGGAAGACGACAACACGCUCAGUGCGCGCGUUCGAACCAAAGCUUGCGCUGGUGCCACCGUCUCGGGCCAAGUACACAGACACACAGCAAGGUGACAUGUUCUAUCCACAUUUGCUGCAGAUAGCACGAGAUGUUGAGGCCAAAGUGGUGUUGCUAGAAGUUGCUGACAUGGAGCAAGCACUGCGCGUAGCCAGCACUGCGCGACAUCUUCACCUUUUCGACGGUAUCGAGAUUUGGAAGGAAGACCCCACUGCUGCUUCCACUGUCAUGACUAAAGACGAGUUCGAUAUCAUUGGCGAGGGCAAUGCUCGUUCAGUCGUUUGCUGGCGAGGUCGAGGAACAUCUUGGCUUGGCAAAAGUGCCACUGAUACUGCCACACCCACAGCAGAGGCAGACAGCUUGUCUUGGAACUCACCAAAGGUCGAUACACACCACUUGGAACCUCAAUUCAUCAAGAGUGUUGCCUCUGGAGAGGGUCGCUAGUCAGCAUAGCCAGCCAUGAUUGACGCAGGACGGACAUCAC